GGAAGAACGAUAUUUGCUUAUGCCUCGUUUUCGUCGCGGGUGGUAAAGCCGGAAGCGUGCGGAGUUGUGCCUUGUGCGCGCGGUGAGCUCGAUGCGGUGCAACGAUCUACACGUGGAUUGCGAGUACUUCCAGUAGCAGGCAGAUCGUGACAACCGUGUCGGCUCUUGGGAAUAAGGGGCUGUCUCCCGUAAUGCGCAUUUGAACAGCUUCCAUUAUUUACAGCCCUUAAGUUGGAAGAUACGAAUGUAACUUCCAGUUGCAGCUCCAGCCACAUCUGUGGGCACCGUGGUGAAAGAGACUUACUUAUAGUCAUCCCCGCGGCGUAAUCUUGAGGAGAGGUUUGUCGGGGCUGGCCUUGAAAUAUGGACAGGGGCUUUUUCCCACAUAAGCAACGGUUUCCCAGACGCCGUGGUGGUCGUUGGUUUCACCAGAAUAAUAUACCAAAUGAGAACUUUCGGAUGGGUAAUAAUUGGGACAUGCCACAGAAUCAGUUUCCACAAAGACCCCCUCCAUGGUGGAACCAAUGCCAUCCAGAGCAAGAGAGGCCCUACAACAUCAGUUUUGAUAAUUGCAUCCGAGGUUCCUACCAUAGGCGUCCUUACCGUGGUCCUUCUUACACACGAUCUAAAAAGACCUCACAAGGAAGAGGUCGUUUUCAAAAGCCAUCAAGUUCUUCCUGCUUAAUCAGUGUGACGCCAAAGAAAAAGUCUGAGAAGGUAGAAAAACAGCCAGAAGAUUCCAAGAAAAUCAAACAAGACAAGGGGAAUACUGCAAUUUCAGGGAAGGAAGGUGUUCAGUCUAAGGUCAAACCAAAAUAUAGUCAGCCUGCUGAAGAGUCUCCCAGCCAGCCUGUCUCUGUUGCAUCUCCUGGAGCUGCUGCUGCAGAAGAAGAAGUGCCAUCUGGAAUUACAGAAGUCCUUUCUCAAACCAAAAUUGAAGAUAUUGUACCGGAUAAGCUGAAAGAUUGUGAGGCCACUGAAGAUCUUCUUAGUCAAGCUGACCCUGUUUUGUCUCCUGGAGUAUCUACAGAACAUAAAACAUCUUCUUGUAGUGUAGAAGUCCUUCACAACACUGAAAAGGAAAAUUCUGUAUUGCUGCAAACCAGCCAGUCUGCACAACAUUCCAACCACGUUUGUUCACCCACGACUGUAGAAAUACCAUUUCUCUCGACUGUAGAAAUACCAUUCCUCUUGGAGAAUGCCAGUGAUGACCAGUCUGAGAGAAAAGGAGAAAUUGAGCUGACUGAAACUUCAGCCGAGCAGGAUGAUACAGACCAUUGUCAAACUUGUGUUGCUCCAGCUCUUGAUUCUUCUAGCCUUCCAAGUACCCUCGAUGAUAUUCGCUGUGUGCCUGUGCUAGUGAGAGAAAAAGAUAAUGAGUUGACUGAAACUACAGCCAAGCAGAAUGAUACAGACCAUUGUCAAGCUUGUGUUGCUCCAGCUCUUGAUUCUUCCAGCCUUCCAAGUACCCUCAAUGAUAUUCGCUGUGUGCCUGUGCUAGUGAGAGAAAAAGAUAAUGAGUUGCCGUACUCUUGGAAAGCUACUCCUUUUCAUGCUGAAAACCAGAGAGGAUGGGCACCUGAAGAUUAUCAGGAGCCACCCUGGAAUGUGAACCAAGCUGACCAGUGUCACAAAGUCUCUGAAUGUUACAGAGGUUUAAUGUCCUCUUCUGUUUCUUCUAAUGAAAAACAUAAUGAUGGAAGACUGAUAGAAUACAAGUCUAGUUCUCCAAAGAGUCAUCACAGCAGCAGUUCCAAGCAUUGUGGCACAAAACAGACCUCAAGUGACUUACGUUCUCAGAGUCCAAGAUCCCAUGGCAGGCAAGAGUAUAGCUCAAGAUCCUCUCACAAGCGAGAGCGAUCCACUGAAAGACAGGAAAGAAGUUCAAAAUUGUCCUGUAGGCGAGAACAUAGUUCAAGAUCUUCCCACAGACAAGAGAACUCCCCUAAGAGAGAAAAGCAUACAUCAAAAUCUCCUUGCAGGCAAGAACAAUCUUCUCAGAAACAGGAAUGCAGUUCAAGAACCUCUCCCAUGCAAGAACAUAGUGUGAGGUCCAUCCACAAGCAAAAGCACAGUUCAAGAUCCCCCCCGAAAAAGAAGCAAAACGCAAGAUCUCGGAAGUUGGAUAGGUGGAAAGAGAACAAAUUGACAAGAGGUUGUUGCUGCCAUUGCCGUUGCUAUUGUCAACAGAGUUGCAGUCCGUCUCGAGAGAGUCCCUGGCAGAGAUGUUCCCCUCCUCCUUACUUAACCUGUAAAAUAAAAUGCCUCCAUGUUUCCAAAGAAAUAAGUAAAGUCUAUAGAAUACCACACCACCAUUCUCCAGAGAGGUCUAUUGUGAAUGAAAAGAAAAUAACAGAAAACAGACAAUUGGUGGAGCCUAAGAUAAUUGAAAAGAAAAAAAGAGCAACAUCAGGGAAUGGAAGAAAGGCUUUGAAGUCAGCAACCAGAAAGGAGAAAGCAAGCGCUCCUUGCCAACUUAAUGCUGAAGAAGAAACUAGAAGAAGUAGUCCAUCCUGGACUUCCAAGGACCUUUAUGCAGCUGUGCUGGCAAGAAAGGAAGAGAUUGAACAGGCCUACCUGCAGGUCCUUCUCAACUUUGGAGCAAUAGCCAUCAUGCUGGUGGAAAAGGAACCCUGCAUGAUAGAAGCGAUGCAUUCAGCACUACGAGCCAACCUGAGAAAGAUUGGAGACUACUAUGAAUGCCUGCUGAAGAACUACAUUGACAGCUUAACUGAAGCCAGCUGAGAAGACGUCACGUUUGCAAAUCUACCUAAAGUAACUGAGGCCUUUUCUAGGACAGUUAAUGGGAGGAAUCUUUUUGUUCUUCAGGCUUGGGAUAAAACAAUGACCUUGGAGAAGGCCUCCUUUUGGCAGCAAAGCUGAGAAACCACUUUUUCCUGCAACAGCUACAAGGUGCAGAAGUGACAGCUGGAAGACUUGGAAGCAUUGUUGUACUGCAGUCCAAGAAGUUUGGGAGAGAGAAUGGGGAGGAGGGAGAAAAAAACCCUGUUUGUAAGAAGAUGGAUGUGAUCAUUGAUGCCUAAUGGAUUCUGAAUGAGUCGAGAUGUAUAACCUGGCUGGUUAAAAGAUUUAUAUUUUGAGUUACAUGAAGGCAUCACGUGUUCUUGGUAAUAGACAGUCCAAGAAGUUCUUGUUUUAGAACAUUAAAAUUAUUGCUGAACAGUCUUGAAUGUUGGUCUUUGUGCAGAAGCAAGCUGGAGAGAACCUCUGCUUUGUGAAGCUCCAGCAAUACUCAGAGAAGCCCUGGUGAGCAUCGUAUUUGUUCCUUGCAAAUCUAUGAAGUAGCAUUUUUUUCCAAAGAAUAAAUGAUUUUGAGACAACUUA